GCUGGCAGCGAGAGAAAAAUAAAAAUUCCGCAACAACACAGAAAUUAGAAGAAGUGUAGUGAAGAAUUAAAUCUAAUUAUAACAAGCGACGCGCAAGCAUUAAGCACAUACACAAUACACACAUAUACGCAUACUGGUCAGCAUAGAAGGCCAGUUAAUUAGUAGCAAAAUACACAAAACUUAACGAUUUUUGAAACAACACAAAAGCAAAACGGGCAGGGCAGCGACAGCGACAUCAGCAGCAGCAGCGGCAGUGACAGAAGCAGCGACAGCGGCAGGUAGCAGGCAGCCCAAAACAGUUGCGUAUGUGUGUGUGUUAAGUAAGGGGAGCGCGCGCGCGGUAUGGGUUGAGGUGUAUGUGCUACGUGUGUGUGUGUGAGUGUGUGUGCGCGUGUUGUGUUGUGUGUGUGCGAGUGUGUGAUGCAAAGAACAACAACCACAACAACAACAAAGAGCGGGGUGUGUAACUAAAAGCAAAGAAGAAUUACAGCACACAACAACGACAACAAAACACACUCGCCUACGUAAUGGCCAAUCAACUGGAUGCCAAUGUCAAGGACGAUCUGAAAACGCAAUUUGUAACGCGCGAGGGAACUUAUCGCCUGUUAACGCUAUCGGAGUACUCGCGUCCCAAUCGUGUCGGCUACAGCAGCAAUCAAAGCUCACCUCAGGUGCGCGUCUCGUUUGUAACGCUGCCCAAUCCCAGCAGCGGCAGCAACAGCAAAACAAACAGCGAACAUGCCGCAACGCCAGCAGCAACAACAACAGCAAACACAACAACCGGAACAACAACAACGAGUGAUAAGCGAUUGCAGUCAAAUGGCGCAGCGACAACAACAGCAGCAACAUCAUCAACAACAACUACAACACCUGCUACACCAACAUCAACAACAACAACAGCAGCAAUCACAUUAAAUGGAGGCGGUGGCGGCGGAGAUAGCUACAAUGGCACCAGCACUGUGGACGCUCGCUUAGGCGGCGGCAUCUCGAUGCACUCGAUGACCAACGGCGGCGUCCUCGAUCAGAAUGGCAUGCUGACCAAUCAGAUCUAUGGCGGCGAUCGCAUCUGCUUCAAUUUCGGACGCGAUCUUUACGUCUAUGCGUUCCGUGGCAUCAAAAAGGGCACCGAGAUGAGCAAGCCAAUCGAUAAGAAGUUCUACAAGGGCACAAAUCCCAGCUGCCAUGAUUUCAAUGCGAAUGCCGCCACGCCCACCGGAGCACCGCUGCUGGUUGGCUUCACAACGGGACAAAUUCAACUGGUCUCACCGCAGCAAGGGCCACGUGAGCUGCGCAAGCUGUUCAACGAGGAGCGCCUGAUCGACAAGACCAAAGUGACCUGCCUGAAAUGGCUGCCGAAUUCACCGCAUUUGUUUCUCGCCUCGCACGCCUCCGGUCAUCUCUAUCUGUACAACGAGGAGUUGCCCUGUGCGGCCACAGCGCCCAGCUAUCAACCGUUCAAGGUGGGCGAUGGCUAUACGAUACUCACCUGCAAGUCCAAGUCGACACGUAAUCCGCUCUACAAGUGGGUCUUUAGCACCGACAAUUGUUGCAUCAAUGAGCUGUGCUUCUCGCCCUGCGGCUCCAAUCUGGCGCUGGUCUCACAGGAUGGCUUUCUCCGUGUCUUUCACUACGAUACCAUGGAGCUGCUGGGCAUUGCUCGUUCCUAUUUCGGUGGCUUCCUCUGCGUCUGCUGGUCGCCCGAUGGCAAAUACAUUGUCGUUGGCGGCGAGGAUGAUCUGGUCACCGUGUGGUCACUGCACGAACGUCGUGUUGUCGCCCGGGGUCAAGGACAUCGUUCGUGGGUCUCAGUGGUCGCUUUCGAUCCGUACACAACGUCCUAUACGAAUUGGGAUGGCGGUGAUUUCAGCGAUGAUGAGAAUCAACUCAACGAGUACACGGCAUCGCGUGAGGAACGUUUCUCCGGCGACUCCACGGCCAAUGGCGGUUUCGAGGGUUUCGACAAGAACUCGACGCCGUUGCAUGCAACGCGAGCGCGUCCGCAUUCGGCCUCAUUUCGAUCGGAUGCCUCGUCGGCGGCGCUGGCGCCGGAUAAGCUGGCCAUCAGCUAUCGCCUCGGUUCGGUGAGUCAGGAUACGCAAAUCUGCCUGUGGGACAUCACGGAGGAUGUGCUGCGACAUCCGUUGGCGGCGAUGCGACAGCGUGUGAACAGCACACAGCUGAACGAUAGCAGUUUUCUCAAUGGCGGCGUUGUCGAUGCCGAUGGCAUCAAAGUGAUACGACCCGUGGCCAUGGGUCAGGCCAACAAUUUCGCCGACUCGGGCAGCUGUAGUCCGAUACGCGAGGCGGCGGGAGGCGUGGCGGCUGGCACAACCGCCGAGCACAGCAAUAGCAGCUCGAGCAAAUUCUCAACGGCCAACUGCACGAUAUCCUCGCAAUCAUCCAAUGCCAAUACACCGCCCGAUGAAUGCUGUGAAACGCAGGCGACGGACGGUGCAGUGAAUACAGCGAACACAGCAGCAGCUGCGACGACAACAACAGCCAAAACGAAUAGCAAAGCGGCGAGCAGCAAUUCGUUAAAGUUUCCCAAUUGCAUGGUGGCCACCAAAUCGGAUAGCAUCGAUAGCAACAGCGGACAACAGCAGCAACAGCAGCGUGCGAUGAGCAACUCGUAUAACUCAACGUCCGGCUAUAAUAGCAAGAAUUCCAAUAGUUCCAACAAAUCGAAUUCGAAUUCACAUUCGGGCAGCGGCGGCAGCUUUAGCGCCUUCAAUAGUCUCACACAACGGCUGUCGAACUUUAGUUUUCUGAGCAAUUCGGAGAAGCGUUCGUCUGGUAGCAUUGGCUACGAUGGAACGACGGCGACAAAUCAUCGACAGCAUCGCAAAGCCAUGAGCAUGCUAAAGAGCUAUAAUCAACAUAAUCACAACAACAGCAGCAGCAAUCACAAUAACAAUCGCAGCAGCAACACCACCAAUAACUUUGCACACUCCACCACCGUGGAGUCAUCGACAUCGGGCACAGGGACCGGGAUGGGAAGCAGUGCGACAGCGAAUAGUUUUGGCUCCUUGAAGCUGAGCAAAUCGUCGCACAAUUCAUCGCUGGCCACGGCGGGACAAUCGUCGACCAGUGUCGGAAGCUAUGAUCCCAUGAAGCUCAUAGGGACACCAGCGUGUCCGCGUUUCGAGGAAUGUCCGCUGCUGGAGCCGCUGGUGUGCAAGAAGAUUGCUCAUGAGCGUCUAACGGCGUUGAUAUUUCGUGAGGAUUGCUUUUUGACGGCAUGCCAGGAUGGCUUUAUCUACACAUGGGCGCGACCUGGCCACACAACGCACGUUGCUCAGCACUUGUCGCCCAGUCAAACAGCGCCUCCGGGCGGCACGGUAAUAUAGUUCGAUAAAAUGAAUGCGGUCAACUAUCAGCGUAAUCUUGUCAAGCAGCAGGAGGCGGCGCAGUCGGUGAUUUAGGUUAGAAUGCUAGCGAUUGAUUUCUUAAAUAAUUUCCUGUUUUAGAGACAACACAAUACACGAUGUUUUCUUUUUGAUUGAUUAUUGUUUUCCCCUCUCUCUCUGUUUGUUGCGACCUUUUUGUAAUUCCACUCGUAAAUGAAAGAAAAAGAAUAUUCAUAAAGCAAAAGAAAAUAAAAACAAAAAAUCAACAUAAAUUAUAUAAAUAACAAGAAAAUAUUAUACGAGAUAUAGUUGUGUAAAACAUAACUACGAUUUAUAUAUAUGUAUAUGCAACAACAGCAACAGGCAACAGAACAAACAUUUAUAUAUGAAUACAAUUGAAAAGAUAUAUAUAUAUAUAUAAAUUGAUCUAUAUAUAUAUACAUGAAUAUAUAUUUAAAUUUGGAUUAUUAUUAGUUGUAAAUGUAUUAUUUUUAAUACGUGGAAUUUGUUGAAAACAAAGCAAAGCAUGUUUAUAACUAUUUACUAAGCGCUAGCAUAAUACACACAGAAUACACACAUUAUAAUUAUAAUAAUAAAAAGCAAAAAACAACAACAACAACUACACACACCACACACAUUUUGCAUUAGUCAACAAUGAUGAAAUUAAAAUUGAUGAAACGACAAACC